AUGAGUGUCCUCCAUCAUCCUAGAAAGGCGAAUGUGGUGGAGGAUUAUCUUAGCCGACUAUCAAUGGAAAGUGUUGCUCAUGUUGAGGAUGAUAAGAAUGAGUUAGUUUAUGAUGUUCAUAGAUUGGACCGAGUGAGUGUUCGCUUGGUUGAUUCCAAUGAAGGUGUUGUAGUUGUUCAUAAUUGUUUCGAAUCAUAUUUUUUUUCGGAUGUGAAGGCUAGACAAGAUGUUGAUCAUGCAUUGGUUUACUUAAAGAAGUCGGUCUAUGAAAAAUCCAUUGAGGCUUUUUUCCCUAACGAGGACAAAGAGUCUUUUGAUAUCAAGGUAGUUUAUUGGUGGAAUCGGAUAAAGAAGGAUUUUGCAGAAUUUAUGGCUAAAUGUCUGAAUUGUGAACAUGUGAAAGUUGAACAUCAAAACCUGGGUGGUAAAGCUCAAGACAUUAGCAUUCUUACAUGGAAAUGGGAAGAUUUAAAUAUGGACUUCAUUACGGGUUUACCUCGCACUCAUCGACAGUUUUAUUUGAUUUGGGUUAAUCUGGACCAAAUGACAAAAAUGGCUCACUUCCUUCCUGUUAAAACUUCAUUCUAA